CUCCUCCCCUCCCCCCUCCGGCUUUUCACCCUCUCUGUGCCUCGCCUCCCCCCGCCCAUGCAGCCUGACCUUUGCGCUUGCCUCGUCGCCGUGUGAAGGACACACACGCACUCUUGCCUCGGGUCCUCCCAGCCCCGAUCUAGAAAAAACCCCGCCGUUGCCAUUCACCGGCAUCAUCCGCCGUCCUUUCCCCUGGCCUCCAUCGUGGAAUGGACUGCUGCAAUCCCUGGAUUGAAUCGCUCCUAAGUUGCUUUACUGGUUCCACUUCGAGCGACGACGACCGCCGCCAUCCCCCCCGGCCAGCGGCUCUUCCCGACUGGCGGCGUGCCGAGCAAGAACGCGAUCCGGCCGAUUUCCGCCCGGAGAAGGCUGACCCCGCGCGUAAGGAGUCUGCCCUCGGUGUUUCACUGUCGCGUGGCAGCCUCGCCCAAGGCCCCGGUUCCUCGGCCUCCCUCCACCGGCUGAGUGUGUACGACGCCCGGCCCGCGCAGCCAGCAGCCCCGGAGGGCCUUGUUUCCCGGUCGGCCAGUGGCCUGAGCCUGCACCAAGCACAGCAGCACCCCUCGCCCUCGGCGUCUGCCUCGUCCAGUCAGCUUGCCCGAGCCAAGUCCGUCACGCCCAAAGCCCGGGCAAGGGAGUCCGAGCUUUCUCGAUCCGGGUCGUCGCAGCUCCUGCGCAAGGCCCUCCAACGCACGCGAAACAAGAUGGGCUCCAGUCUCCGCAAAGGCGGGGCCGAGGCAUCGGCCUCCGGCGACCUGACCGCCGAGUGCAGCUCCUACAGCGUGGACGACGGGCUGUCCAUCACGCGGUCCUACUCGUGUGUGGUCGGUCGCAGCGGCGGCGGCGCCUCCUCCGACGCGUUGGCCGCCUCGGCGUCGGGCUCCGGCUCGUUGGCCGCGGCGGGGCGACAGGGCCCGGGGGCCCCCGGGCCCGGCUGGCCUGGGGCGCCAUCGGGCCGCGCCAACGGCAUAGUCUGGGCCAACACCCUGCUGACGGCCGACGAGCGUGCCGAAUCGGAGUCCAUGCUGAGCGAGUCGCGCGAGAGCACCUCUCGCAUGGUGGCCUCCAUCAACGAGACGUCCAAGGUGGCGGUCAACCUGUCGAAGAACCUGUACCAGCAGGGCGAGCAAAUCGACCGGAUUUCCGGCAUGCAGGACGAAAUGGAAGGCAUGUUGGUGGACGCGGACCGCGAUUCGAAGAAGGUCAGCAGCUUCUGGCGCGGGGUCUUCCGCCGGAGCAGCAAGCGUUCCAGCUCCGGCGAGCUGUCCUCUUCUUCCGGCGGCGCCCCGGCGGCCUCCAAGGCGGCCGGCCGAGCUGGCAACCUGACGGAGGUCCCCCGGCCGGGGACCCGCGCAGCUCAGGUCAGCUCCAUGAAGGCGCUGGCCAUCGCUGAGGCCGGGUCUCGGCGUCCAACCAACGAGGCCGGCGAUUUGUUGGCCCGGUCCAACCGCGACAUUGACGAGGGCCUGGACACGGUGUCCGGCUGCCUGGACGCCCUGCGCGAUGCCUCCAUCGGCUUGGGCCUGGAGCUGGACCGUCAGAACAGCGCGCUCGGGGACAUCACCGUGCGCGCGGUCCGUCACAAGGAGAAGCUCAAGCAGAUCACCCACCGACUCAAGUAGCUGCCUGCCUCUGUGCCCGAGCUGCCGCGCCCCGUCCCGGCACCUCUCUUCCUCGCCGCGCCCCGCGCCCCGCGCCCCGCGCCCCGCGCCCCGGAUGAGGCCAACAGCAGACCAGUGCAUGAGUGUGCCAAUCCAGUUGCAUGGUACCUCGCCGCGCCGCCCCCCCUGUGCUGGGCCAACACUUGCGUCUGUGGCCUUCUCCUCCCC